CCGAGGUGGCCGAAGGUUAACAAUGGCCCAGAACACGUCAACGAGCAUGCCACAUACCUUAAGGAAGCAUGCAACCAAUUGCAGGCAGUGGACAAGGAUAGGCAGAACCAGAUACCAUGGAAUGUGGUCCAACCAUACCUAGCAUCCACCGUUGCACUCAUUGGCAAGGUCCUCCAUCAGCCCGCGAUCGGCGAGAUCCUCCAACACAUCCAGGAC